GUCACCCAGGCGAGUUACCUCCCGCAGCCGCCACCGCCAGGCUCAGCGCGAGCCCUGCAGCCCUUGAGCUCGAGCCCCGGAGCCCCCGGCGCACCAAACCGCAGCCACAUCCCUGAGCCGCGCGCCCCGGAGCCCCGGCUGCGCGCUCCGCCGGGCCCGCGCCAUGCCCUCCGACCGGCCUUUCAAGCAGCGGCGCAGCUUCGCCGACCGCUGUAAGGAGGUGCAGCAGAUCCGCGACCAGCACCCCAGCAAGAUCCCGGUGAUCAUCGAGCGCUACAAGGGUGAGAAGCAGCUGCCUGUCCUGGAUAAGACCAAGUUUCUGGUCCCAGACCAUGUUAACAUGAGCGAGUUGGUCAAGAUCAUCCGGCGCCGCCUGCAGCUCAACCCCACGCAGGCCUUCUUCCUGCUGGUGAACCAGCACAGCAUGGUGAGCGUAUCCACGCCCAUCGCUGACAUCUAUGAACAGGAGAAGGAUGAAGACGGAUUCCUCUACAUGGUCUAUGCCUCCCAAGAAACCUUUGGCUUCUGAGUCAGGAGUAGGGGUGGGGGGUGGUUGGGAAUUCUGGUCAGGCUCUCUCCAGGGAGGUCCUGGCUUCUAAACUGAGCUAUUUUAGUCCCCAGUGGGUUAGGCAGAGAUGUGAACCUUCCUCCCCUUUGCCCAGGUAGGGGACACCAGCCAGCCUACCAUGCCCUGGGUCCUGGGCCAGUCACCUUAGGGUCACUCCUCUGGGUGCUGGCUGGGUUGGGAGUGGGUGGGGAGCCCCAGCUCUGUGUGGUUUGUCUUUUUUUUUUU